UCCUCCUCCCGCCGCGGUGCAGCCGCCGGUGCUGGGCGAGGUCGGAGAAAGUCCAUGUGAGGAGGGAGCCAGCGGAAAUCACUUCCUGCUGCCGCCGCCGCCGCCGCCGCCGCAGCGGCCGGGACCGACUCGCCGGGGAGUGAAGGGGAGACGGAGGAGGGAAAGGACCAGGCUAGGGGUGGGGGGACGCGGCUGCCACUGCAGGCCACGGUGAAGCCCCUGGCCCCGGAGUCCCCGAGCUGGCGUCCGGGGUGCGUAAAGCUGCCUGCAGAUGUGCCCUUCUUUGGAACCAGCUGUGUUGAAUGUCUAAGGUGUCCUGGCUCCUUGCCCAGUCAUGUCCCAGAUGUUGCACAUAGAGAUCCCCAAUUUUGGGAACACUGUCCUGGGUUGCCUGAACGAACAGCGUCUGCUGGGGCUCUACUGUGAUGUCUCCAUAGUCGUCAAGGGGCAAGCCUUCAAGGCUCACCGUGCAGUCCUGGCGGCCAGCAGCCUCUACUUCCGGGACUUGUUCAGUGGGAACAGCAAGAGCGCCUUUGAGCUGCCCGGCACAGUGCCCCCUGCCUGCUUCCAGCAGAUCCUCUCCUUCUGCUACACGGGGAAGCUCAGGAUGGCAGCCAGCGAGCAGCUCGUGGUGAUGUACACGGCCGGCUUCCUGCAGAUCCAGCACAUUGUGGAGCGGGGCACAGACUUGAUGUUCAAGGUGAGCUCGCCCCACUGUGACUCACAGACCGCCAUGAUCGAGGACACCAGCUCGGAGCCCCAGAGCCCCUGCAACCAGCUACAGCCAGGCCCUGCACCCUAUGUCAUGUCCCCCUCUGUGCCCAUCCCGCUUCUCACCCGUGUGAAGCAUGAGAACCUGGAGCUCCAGCCGGCAGCAGGCCCAGGCCUGGCAGCCAAGCGGCCCCUAGAAGCUGGGGCCCGGGAUGGAUCGGGGGGCGGCGGGGCAGCAGUGGGCGGGGCGGCACCUCUGAAGCUGUCCCGAGUCUCGUACUACGGGAUGCCCAGCCUGGCCACUCUCAUCCCCAACAUCCAGCAGGUACAGUACUCCCAGGGUGAGAGGACCAGCCCCGGGGCCAGCAGCCUCCCCACCACUGACAGCCCCACCUCCUACCACAAUGAAGAGGAUGAGGAGGACGACGAGGCCUAUGACACAAUGGUAGAGGAGCAGUACGGCCAGAUGUAUAUCAAGUCCACAGGCAGCUACUCAGUGCAAGAGAAACCAGAGCAGAUUCCUCUGGAGAGUCGCUCUUGUGUCCUGAUCCGAAGAGACCUGGUAGCCCUUCCUGCAAGCCUCAUUAGCCAAAUUGGCUACCGCUGCCACCCUAAGCUCUACUCGGAGGGUGACCCUGGUGAGAAGCUGGAGCUUGUUGCAGGCUCCGGAGUCUACAUCACACGGGGUCAGCUGAUGAACUGUCACCUCUGUGCCGGUGUGAAACACAAAGUCUUACUGAGACGGCUUCUUGCUACUUUCUUUGAUCGGAAUACACUAGCCAACAGUUGUGGGACUGGAAUCCGCUCUUCUACUAGUGAUCCCAGUCGGAAGCCUUUGGACAGCAGGGUCCUAAAUGCCGUGAAAUUAUAUUGUCAGAAUUUUGCCCCAAGCUUUAAGGAGAGUGAGAUGAAUGUCAUAGCCGCAGACAUGUGUACCAAUGCUCGUCGAGUUCGCAAACGCUGGCUACCCAAAAUUAAGUCCAUGCUGCCUGAGGGGAUGGAGAUGUACCGAACCGUCAUGGGUUCCACCACUGCCAGCGUCCCCCUGGAGUCUGAGUUCCAGGCCACCACAGCCCAAGUAUUUGAGCAGAGAAUCUACGCAGAGCGGCGGAAUGAUGCUGCCACCAUUGUGGCUCUGAGAACUAACACGGUCAACGUAGACCUGAGCAGUGCUUCCAACCCGCCGUUCGAGCCAAGUGAAGAGGCAGAUGGGGCCGGUUCGGUCAUUCAGGAGGUGGCUGGGCCAGAGCCCCUACCCUCGGAUAGCCAAAGCACUCCCCAAUCCUUCGAACAAGAUCCUGCCAGCACCAGCAGGCCGGAGACACCGGUGAGAAGACAAGAUGGUACUUAUGGAGGGACUUUGUAAAGAUACCUAAAGAAAAGGAAAAAAAAAAUUGUGACUUAUAAGGGAUCUAAAUACUAAAGCUGCUUGCAUGCAUACUAAUACAAAAAAAUGUGAUCCAGCCACUUACCUACUGAACUGCUACUGUUGCCUGAAAAAAAUGUGAUUUUUAUUCUGCUUGUAUUUAAAAUUUAUGAAGGAAAUAAUCGCAUUCGUUAUACUGUAAAUGAUUAGGUCAGUGAUGGCCUAUUUAAAAGAGAGUUCCUGGGCUCUAUUUUUUUUUUAUACUCCUGAGGUUAGACUCUUAACUUGUAGCUUUUUCCUCCCCUUCCUUACAAGGGGAUGAGGCAUCCCCUCCCACGGUUCCUGCACCCAGGUCCUUUCCACCCCUUUCUUCCCAGUGCAGAACUAAAGCCAUUGUUAAUUCCUCCUUGCUCUAUAAAAGGCUGUGCCGUCGCUCAGGAGGAGAAAGUUUUUGGAUGGUCAGAGAAUUUCUGGUAGUUCAAGAACCCACAGGAUUUGGCAGGUGGUUGACUGGAGGCGCUUCACUUAACACUCCGUUCCUGACUUGUAGUGGUCCUCACUUUGAGGGUCUUUAAGUUCUUUGAGGGGUAUGGAGGUUGGCAGGUGGGCAGGCUGAUUGUGAGGCAGAGAGCUUUCCCUAGGAAGCCUCCCCAGACUCUUUCCUCUUUGUGCUCUUCCUUCCCUUCCCCCACCCCCUCCCACCAUUCCCACCUUCCAACCGAGACUGUCCUUCAGUGUCAGGAUUAGCCAUGGUUUCAUAUUUGUGUUUCUCAUGCAUGUGCUUUGGGGGUUACAGCAGCAGGGCAUAUGGGGAGGUGGGGGGUAUUAUUGGUAUGGGAGUGUUAGGACAUGUUGGUUGGCACUGAUUGGUGUAUGUGAAUAUGUGGAGACAUCCCCUUGUCCUUACUCCUCCCCUCGUUUCCCUUCCCAUCAGAUCCCUAUUUCUCUUCCUACUGAAUGAGGUACCACUCAAUAUAGCCCUCAGUGAGUUAGUCCCCUGAGUUGGCUUUAACUCCUUUUCCCCACCCCAAACUCUGCAUUCUUUAUCUCUUCCUCACCUCUCAUGUGAAACCCCAUUUUCAUGAAUCUGAGGGACCACUUGCCUGGUGGUGGUCACCCUAGAGGAGCUGGGGGGAGCCAUGAUGAGUCUGUAGGAGUUAGCUGGGUGGUAGAGGUAUGGUUACAGUCUUGGCCCUUCUUUUAGGGUCCACUUUGAGCUCCCAUGAUCUCUUUAAGAGUGAGUUUAAUGUGAGAGGAUGGACUCCAGAGAACCUCCCUCUCCCUCCUGUUAAGUAAGAGCAGGGAUGAAAGGGAUUGUCCAUCUUGGCUUUCCUUUUUAUGUGGAAUUGUUUUGUGACUGUCCUGGAACCUUUUGAAUUUUGUAUUAAUUUAUGUUCUAUGAUAUAAAGGAAAACUUCAUUCCCCAAUUUCUUUGUCUUCCUUCCCCUCUACCCCAAAUAGACCAAAUUUUUGGGAAUGAGGCACAGACUUGUCCACUCUUUUUUGGUGAAACAUGGCCAUUGUCUUCUUUAGGAGAAGUGGCAACUUGGCUUUGACAGACAGAGAGCUUUUUCCAAAGUAUCAAUUGUUGGUGAAAGCCAGACCACGUGGCUUUCCUUGACCUCUGCUAUAGGAGGAAGAAACCAGAUCUGGAGGCAGGGGGUAGGGUUGGGGAAAGUCAGGGUCAAGGUCAGGGUGAGGGAAAAUGUGUCUCUGCCAUUUUCCUCAUCCAAUGAUGAAUCCUUGUCUCCAUUUCCAUUUGGAGAAGGUUUUCCAUUGCUGGCAUUCCCACUAGAGGGCAGAUGGCUUGCCCCUACUGGGAAUGUUUGGCCAGGGAACAAUGUGAUCCUUUGCCUGUGUAAACCCCCUAGGUUAAAGGGGGAUCUGGAAUGUGUAUAGGUGCUUGUGCAAGUAGUGACAGUGAAUUGGGGCUUGCGCUCAGUGGAGAGAUCCAUGAGUCCUGGUGGGUAAGGGAGAACAAAGUCCCCACCCCCCACCCCCAUGACUUCUUAGUGCCACUUUUUUUUCUUACCCCCUCCCACCACCACCAUGGACAAUGGAUCCUGAGAAGAUCAUGGUUUUUUACUGAAUCCAUGCUUAACAUGUGCCAAUGUUUCCUCUCCAUCGUAAUCUCUGCUUUCGGGCUACAUGGCUGGCUAGCUGUAGGUUUAUGUCCAACUGUGUGGGAUUCAGAAAUGGGCAAAGUGUAGCGUCAUCAGCAGAAGCCGGAUUGGUGAAUGGUCAUACUGGCUACCUGUGUUGUAGACAAUGUGGAGUCCAUGGUGUUUGUAAAGAAGAAACACCAAGCGGUUUCACUGGUAUGAAACUGGUGCUUAGUACUGUAGCAUUGGAGGGGAGACUUUUAGAGUUUAAGGUGGGGGUGGGGAUGGGCAGAAUGUUGUGAAAGGGCAAUGCAAGAGGUGGUUGUUUUUGUUUAAAAUUUUCUGAGAUUGGAAUAUACUCAUUUUGCUAUUUAAUUUUUUUAAAACAAAGGAAAAAAAUAGCGACCAGUACAAAUCCAUAAGAAUAGUCACUGGUCAGAGUGACUUCUUCCUUUUUAUUUGUGGAUCACAGUGCUUUGGAGGUUUUUUUGGGGGGGCAUUCCACUCCUUCCCACCCCAGUGAAAAGGGGCUCCAGAUGGCAGCUCUCCCAUCUUGGGUCAUUGUUUAUUUAGCCAGAUACUUGAAACUGUUUGUAUAUUUUAUAGAAAUGCUUGCUUGCUUCCUUCCUGCCUGCCCCAGAACUCCCUUCCCUACUUGAUACCCCUCUGUAUUUAAACAAAAACAACCCACACACUUGGGUUUGUAGUUCAGCUCCCAUCCUGGGCAGUUAUGCAUUUCCAUUUCUAGUGUCUCUGCAGUGGAUUCUGUCAGGCUUCUUGUGGGGAAAGUGACAAUUUCGACAAAUGACACCUUGGCUAUCAGGGGCCUUUGUUUAACACACAUCCCCACCCCACCCCCACCCCCCAGGUCCAAGGCGCCAGCUUCUCUGAUAUUCCCAUUGAAUCUGAAAGUUUCCUUUGCAAAUUCUACCACCCCUCCAGAAAUGAACCAAGGUUAGAACCCCUAGAAGAGAGGGCCUUUUCAGCUCAAGAAGUCAUUUUAUCCUAUCAUUGCCGUGAUGAUAAUUUAAACAGGAUUCACAUUUUCCUUUGAAGCCCUUGAACAUUAUUUCCAUUCCCUACUUUGCAUGGCGGAGGUCAUGAAACCAAUUAAAUCACUCUCAACAAAGCUGACAUCCUUUGUUUUGCCCUGCCCUUUGUCUGAAGUCUCCUAUACCUGUCUUUCCCUUGACUGUCCAGAAGUUCUGGAUCUUUAUUCUCUUCCAUCAUCAAUGGAGCUCUAGGGGAUAGGAAGUUAUAUGGAGGUACAUAAGGGGUGACAAGACAUGACCCUUCAGUUCCAAUGUCCCUAUCAGUGUGGUGUGUACAUGGAAGCUUUGAGCUUUUCAGCUCUUUGCUUACUCAUCAUAGGCUUCAGCUCAUGGUCUUCCUCAUCAUUAGCACUACCUGCCCUAUUAGGAACUCAGGCUAUUAUUAUUCUUUCAUGCCCCAGCCUUUGAGUAUAAGAAUUUUUGGAAAGAGUCCUAGAGGAUUCUCCCAGGUACAGGCAAAGCGUGGCUUGUCAAUGAUUUAGUCUUGAAUAGGCUGGGAGGGCAAAAUCCCUAGUGUUGUACACAUGUGGGGAAUACAUGUUAUUGUGGCCAGAUUUUUUGAGGUUGUUGAAGGGGUUCUGAGACUUGAGGGUAGAGAGAGUCAAGGGUCUUAGGAAAUGUGAAGUGCAUAAUGUUGCAUUGAUGUCUAAGCUUAGAGAAUGAAAGGUAAAAUGAAAGUUUCAGUCCUUCUGGUUUGGGCUGGCAUGCCUUUUGAGAUCAGAGUAAAAGAGUUACUCUAGGGCGGGAGUCUAAAGAGCAUUUCUACUCUGCAGUGUCCCUUGUGUACUACCCAGUGUUCCUUUCAUUUUUUAAGAAAGUUAAGGCUUUUCCACUUCAUUCCCUGCCACAAUGGCACUUUGAAUUUGAGUUUUGCUUGAGAAACAUUCAGAACUGAGAGAUGUGAUAUCAUUGGUGAAUGAAAAGUCUCUAUCCAUCAAGAAAUCGUCACAAGAAAAAUCUAAAAUGGUGGUCAUGGUGAAGAGACCCAAAGAUGGAUAAGCUGUAUAGUUAUGAAUAGUGGCUGAUUUGAGCAAAAUAGGUAAAAGACAUAGUGGUUGUAUCAGACAAGAUUGUAGGUUGCACAGAUAAAAUUUAUCUAUUUUUUU